AUGACGUCGUAUUCAGGACUCCGACACUUCAAAAAAGGCAUAUCCAAGCGCAAACAAUGGACAGGGGCAGAUUAUCGCGAGUUGCAGCGUGUCUUUCUCGGUGUGAUUGCUGGCGCAGUUGACAACAAAGUUCUGAUGGCAGUGCGUGGUGUCUUAGAUUUCAUUUACUAUGUGCAGUAUCACACACACACGGAUGACACACUUGCCCAUAUGCACGCUGCCCUCACCUCAUUACAUGCCAGUAAGCACAUUUUCGUCGACCUCGGGGUACGUGAACACUUCAAUAUUCCGAAGAUUCACUCGAUGAUCCAUUACAUCGAUGCCAUUCGCUUUCUCGGCACUGCAGACGGUUUCAACACUGAACUGCCUGAACGGCUGCAUAUUGAUUUUGCCAAAUGGGCUUACUGUGCAUCGAAUCGCCGCGACUACAUCAUGCAAAUGACCACCUGGCUACAACGCCAAGAGUCCAUCCACAUUCAAGACGCCUACAUUCGCUGGUGGGUAUCCCAUCACCCCAUCAAUCAAGAGUGGCAAGACUCGGAUGCCAGUGACUCUGAUUCAGAUUCGGAUGGCGCAGGACCUGGACUAUUUGAGAACCGCAUUGACUUACCCUCUCAGGUCCAACGGUUCACAAUGGUGACGGGUUCCCAUGGCUACUUCGUCCCUAGGACAUGUCCGUUUCCGAAUUCGACAAUCCAGCGCUUACUUACCGACCACAAUGCAUCCCUUUUCAUUCCAGCUCUUGAAGAAUUCCUUCAGAUACAUGUUCCAAGCUGGUCAUGCCGAAAACUCACACCGCAAGAUCAGGUGGAUGUUUACAAGUACCUCAAGAUUGUCUCUCCAGCACGACCCCAUAUCAACAACCAAAAGUGUUUGUUCAAAGUUCGUGCGUCGCCGGUGAUUCCUGCGUCAGACAUGAGGAGGCCGCCAGCACCUGCACACUUCGACAGUGUGUUGGUGAUCGAAGAUGGGAAUGAGUACACCGGUGAAGGUAUAUCUAGUCUGCGAGUGGGCGAAGUACGAGUCGUUUUCAAGCUUCCAUCACGUCUCGGGAAUUUUCCAUGCCCGCUGGCUUAUAUUCACUGGUUUCGACCCCUUCAAACCUUUGAUGAAAAUUUGCACAGCUUCCGCCUCAGCAAGUCUUCAUGUCAGCGUGGUCCUAACGCACUGGUGGUACCGGUCCAUCAAGUUCUUUGCCCGUGCCAUCUUAUUCCUCGCAUUGGUCGAGAGUCGGACGUGCGAGAAGACUUUUAUCUCAACAGGUACAUUGAUCUGGAAUUGUUUGACCACUUGUCUGUAUCCUAG